UAUAUAUAAUUAAUAUAAUUAAAUUAAGAGAGAUAUGGGUGAAAUAGCAGCCUGUUCCAACGGGAUAAUUAAUAAUGGAAAUGGAAGCAGAAAGGGCUGUUGGUACGAGGAAGAAAUUGAAGACAACCUUAGAUGGUGUUUUGCUCUCAAUAGUAUUUUACACUCAGGAGUCACUCAAUACCAGGACAUUCAGCUGUUGGACACUAAACCUUUUGGCAAGGCUCUGGUGAUUGAUGGGAAGCUUCAAAGUGCAGAGAGUGAUGAAUUCAUCUAUCAUGAAUCUCUUGUCCAUCCCGCUCUUCUUUAUCAUUCAAACCCAAAAAUCAUAUUUAUCAUGGGUGGGGGUGAAGGAUCGACUGCAAGAGAAUUACUCAGGCACAAUACAGUGGAGAAAGUUGUCAUGUGCGAUAUUGAUCAGGAUGUGGUGGAUUUUUGCAAAUCUUACUUGUUAGUUAAUAAGGAAGCUUUUUGUGACCCAAGACUUGAGCUUAUCAUUAAUGAUGCCAGACAAGAGCUUGAAAGGAGAGAAGAUGAUAGUUAUGAUGUGAUCAUAGGAGAUUUAGCAGAUCCAAUUGAAGGAGGCCCAUGUUAUCAGCUCUAUACUAAAUCAUUUUAUGAAUCUGUUAUCAAAUCUAAACUUAAAAAAGAUGGGAUCUUUGUUACUCAGGCAGGACCAGCUGGAGUUUUCAGUCAUACUGAAGUUUUUUCAUGUCUUUAUAAUACUCUCAGACAGGUCUUCAAAUAUGUUGUUCCUUAUUCAGCUCACAUUCCAUCAUAUGCUGACAUAUGGGGAUGGAUCAUGGCUUCCGACAGCCCAUUGGUGUUGAACUCAGAUGAACUGGAUCUUAAAAUCAAGCAGAGAAUCGAAGGGGAAAAUAGAUUCUUAGAUGGUAAAACAUUCGCAUCUGCUUCAAUUCUCAGCAAAGCCGUCCGCAAAUCGCUGGAUAAUGAGACUCAUGUUUAUUGUGAAGGAAGUGAGAGGUUUAUUCAUGGCCAUGGCUCUGUUUCUGCCGCCGCCGCCCAUAAAUAAAAAGAAUUUCAAAGCUCAAACUCUAUGAUUUAUUUAGUUUUUGGUUUGUAAUGUAAUGGUUUCAGUACCCAUUUGCUUUCUUUCAAUGUUUUUAUCUAUAAUUAUUAUAAACCAGUUGAAACUUACAAAGUUACAAACCAUUAAUGUUUAAAAAGAGGAAGAGAAGGAUAUUAACGGGGAACAUAACACAACAAACAAUAGAAACACUUAAAAAACAUAAUGGAAAAGACAAAUCAAAGAUCAUAUGAUUGUUUGCCUGUGAACUUAACCUCAAUCGGGCUAACAUUCUUUCCAACUGACCUCAUGUUCAAGCCAACACCUUGACGACCAGGGUUAACCUUUUCAGGGUAAACACCAUCCUUAGGAUGCAAAUACUGAACUUCUCCAUUAGGAAAAACCCUGUAAAACUGAUACUUAAUCUUGUAUUUAGAUCUUAGCCUUGUUCCCAAAGCUAAACACUGUUCCUUCCUAGCAAGCUUAAGUAGAUUCGGGCCUUGUCUCAUUAUAGCUGCUCCUCCUGUGGGCAUUUCAAAGAUCUGUUCUUUUGGUGAUUCCCAUGUGAUUACAUAGAAUUCUUCAACUUGGGCUUUGCGAAGUAGACCACCUGUGCUUCCAC